AUGAGUACCAAUAAAUCAGAAAAUGCAAAAUCAAGGAAGGAUUUAAAUAAUGGGGAUUUGUACGUGAAUACUAAUCGAAAUGUAGUGAAAGGUUCACAAAAGUUUAGAUUUGUAAUUGAACAUAUAGACUUUUGCCUUUUUUGUAAAAAGAAAAAAGAAAAUAAUGAAGACACAAGUGAAGUAUGUAAACAUAACAAUUGUGACAAAGAGGACAUUGGAGAUGAUGUGGCCCAAGAAAAAGAGGAAAAUAUCAAAAUCGAUUUUAAACGGUUAUGUUCUAUAGGUAAAACUUACGACUUUUUGAAAAGGAAAGGGUUCAAUCAGAAGGAUUUAAAAAAAUUAGAAAAUGCACAAUACUUUGAAAAGGUAAUAUGGGCUUAUUACAACACAUAUGAUAAUUUAUACCUCCUAAGUAAUAACGAAGUUUUUUUUUGUACUGACGAAUCAAGAAUACGUACACAUAUGUUAUACGUAAAACAUUUAUUAUCUCUUAUCGUUUUCAUUUGUUAUAAAUAUGAAGAAAAAGGAAAACAUGAAAUUUGGGAUCAGAUAAUUUACAACAGAAUAGACGAAUUUGAAAAAUUGGUAGAAAUAGAAAAAAAAAAUUAUACCCCUGAGGAGAAUUACAAGAUAGAUGAGAGAUUUAACAUGUAUAAAGAAUUUCUUAUACAUAAAUUUCAUAGUUUAUUUUUUAACACCCUUAAAUUAAUAAAUUAUAAUUUUGUUUUUAAUGAGUUUAUGGGAAAUACACACAGAAAGGGAAAAAAUAGAGAAGCACCAUAUCAGAAAAAAAAUUACAGGAAAAAUUUAUAUAAAUUAAAUUUUUUAGAAAAAUCUUUUAUUAUACAAUUUUUUAUAAAUAUUUAUUCUAGUAUAGACAAGAAAUUUCUUUUUAAAUUAUGCCUAGAUUUGUGUAAUCCUUUUAUUUGGAAUUGUAUAAAUUAUAAUUACUUAAACGAAUUUCUUUUCAAAAAAAAUAAAGAAGCAAAAAUGUUAUAUAAUAAUCUGUUAAAAGUUAUGGAUAAAAAAUAUUUAAAUGGUAGAAGUUAUAACGUAUUUGAUGUUUACACAUGUAGUUGUGGUUUAUCGAACCUUGAAGGAGAUUCCAAGAAGACUCAAGGAAACCUCCACGACAAUGUUAAUGUAGAAGAAUAUGAUAAAAGUAUCAUUUUGUUUAUAAACAAAAAUGAAUUUUUUUACAAUUUAAUAAAUUACUUUUUAAUUGUUUUAGAUACUUUUGAGAAAGAGCCUGAAGAAAUGGAUGAAAUAACGAGUAAUUAUUCCAUUUCCUCAUUGAGCGAUAGGGACAGUAGUGAUGAAGAACAAGAUGAAUAUGAAAAGUUUUUGGAUAUAUUUAAUGAUGAAGAAGAUUCUCCCUCCAUAGAGCAAAACCCAACGUUAGAUAAUGAGAAUCCACAGGAUAGUUCUUUAUCACUUGAUAUGGCAAACAUGAAAGUGGAUUCCCAUUCGAUUGACAACAUAAACAGUGAUGAUGCAGAUAAUGAUUUUAGAGAUGAAGAAGAUGAACUUACAGAUAACGCGAUGGAUGAGGAAGAAGUGGAAGAAGAUAUAAAAGGGAAUUUACACAAACGUGCAAGAAGAGAUGUAAAUGAUGAAAGUGGUAUUGUAAAGGUCGAACACGACAGCAGUGGUGACACCUGUAUACAGGAUGAGAUGAUGAAAUUUCUUGAGUCGGUUGAAGAGUAUGGGAGGUACAUUUCUAGCGAUGAUGAAGAAAAGGAAAAUUUUGUUAACCCUAGUGAAUAUAAAAAAGAAGAAAUAUUACUCAUGUUUUCUAAAUAUGAAAACAAAUUAAAAGGGGAAAAUAAGAAGUUUAAUUACACAUGUAGGGUUAGAAAGGGGAAAAUGAAGUAUGUUGAAGAAAGGAAAAAAAAGUAUCGAAUAUUGUUUGUUGAAAAAUGUAUAGAAUUUUUUAUUGAUUUGUUAAGUCAACUUUAUUCAAGAAGAAUAUUAUACAUUUUUAUAAAAUAUUUUAAUGUACUUAUUUAUUGCAAAAUUUCUAGUUUAAACAGAAAAAGAAAGUUUAAAGAAUUAAUCAAACUUUUGAAAUAUUAUGUAGAAAUGUAUAUUGACAAUUUUUCUGGAAAUCCAUUAACAUAUCUGGAAAUAAAUAACGAACAUUAUAGGAACUUUGAGUAUUUUCAAACCUUUUGUUAUAAACAUUUUAAGGAUCAUAGUGUAUUAAAGAAUUAUUACUUAAAAUCUGUUUUUUUAAUGAACAAAAAGAAGGAAUUAUUGGAAAAUUUAUCCAAAUUGGAGGAAAAGGAAUUGUUGUUCUUAUGUGAAAAGUUGAAUUAUCUAAUGUUGAGCGAUACACUUGAGAAAAGUUUCGAAGAGGGAGAGGCCAAGAAAACGCCGGAUGGAAAGACCCAAAAAUCGUGUACUGGAGAAACGGAUCAGAAAGUGGAAAAGUUUGGAGAAGAGGACAGAAUGAAAUCGAGAGAUAUAAAAUGCAAUAUGUGCAUCAAGGAAGGGAUUUUUGAAAAUGUGCAUUUAUUUAGAAAGAAGAAAAAAUUGUUCUAUAUAACGCUACUAAUAGAAAAUUUAAGAUUUAAGAGUAACAUUUUUGAAGAGAUAGAUAAGCAAUGUGAUUAUCCGAAUGAGAGGGAUCUAUUCGAAAAUGUUUUAAUUGAUACAAAGGAUGAUAUGAAGAGGAAGAGGAAAACAUUUCUUUAUACAAAACCGUUGUUCAAAUUGAAUUUACAAUACCUAUGUAUUAACGAUUAUGUUUUUAGAAUAUACAAUUUGUUUAAACUGCAAAGUUACUACGAUAUAAGGAAGAAUGUUAUUGAGUACGUGUAUGAAACCAAUCCCAAGAAUAAAAAGGUAAAUGAGCACACUGUGUGUAAGUAUGUGUUUGAAAUAGAUGAAAACACUGAUUUUAGGAAUGACAUGAAUGGCAGAAGCGAGGGAAGUGGAAACAAGAAAAUAAGAAAAAGGAAAUACAAAGCAAAUUUUUCGGAGGAAAAUCAAAUUGUUAUGCAGGACGAGUCACUAGCGGAGAGUAGUAAUAGGAAUGCUUAUAAUGAAUAUCAACUAAAUUCCAUAGUACAUGAUAUUAACAAAAUUGAAAACACUUAUUUUGCAAAUGAGAGAAGAAUGAGUAAUAAGAUUGAUUCGUUCAGAAUUGUAAGUGUAGAUAACAAUAAUAAAAAGGUAAUGGGUGAAAUAAUUAUAGAUCUAAAAUAUAAAUAUUACGAACGAGUUAAUAACGAGUGGAAUAUGAUUAGACCAGGUGAUAUUUUAUUUUUAGUUUGUGUAAAGAAUUAUACAAAUCAUUAUAAGAAUAAGUUAAACGUUAUUAAUGAUAAUGAUCUGAAAAAAUUACUUGGAAUUAACUAUUUAAGAGGUUGUGAAGUAUUUAAAUAUUCCAAUUUUGAUGAAAAUAGUGAAGAGUUAGAUGGAGGAAAAUGCAGUUUGAAACGAAUUACAGUGUAUUUAGACUAUCAACAAUAUCAAAAGGAUAUUAUAAAUGAUCCAGAAAUUUAUAGUUCUUUCAAUUUAUUAGUAAGAAGGAAACAAAAGGAGAACAACUUUUUUUACAUUCUGAAUAAUAUUAAAACUUUAAUUAUGAACCCGGAUGAUGCAGUUAUACCUCAUUGGAUACACGAUAUAUUUUUGGGUUACUGUGAUAGUUCACUCAAGUAUUAUCAGAAAUCGUUGCCAAGAAAGGUCAACUCGGGAGAGGGAGGAAAUAAUCCCCAUCUUAGUGAGGUGCGUUCAUGUGAGAGAAGCGAUUCAGAUGAGGGAGAUUCAGAAGAAGACUAUUCAGAGGAGGAGGAUUCAGAUGAGGGCCAUUCAGAGGAGGAGGAAUCAGAUGAGGGAAAUUCAGAGGAGAACCAUUCAGAUUACACUGAUAAGGAGGAAGUAAACGGGAAUGGAGAAAUUUCCAAUAAAAAAAAGUUCCAUAAUGUCGAGGGCAUAAAAGAGUGCAAGAAAAAAAUGGUGUGUAACCGAGAAAAGUUAAAUUUUAUAAGAAAGAAUAUCGAUGACAUUAAUUAUUUAAACACCUUUUUAAACAUUUUGCAUGUGAUUAAAACGACAAAUGUUGCAUAUCUUUGCGUGGACUCAUCAUACAUGAAUGUAUUAAAUGGUAAAAAUAAAGUGGAUAUAAAAAGUUUGUUGAACGAGUAUGUAGAGCCCCUGUUUUUAAGUUACGCUCCGAUAAGAUAUGAACAUAAAAAAACGUCACUUGAGAAGAAUAUGUUACAAAAAAAUAUUCUAGAAAUCUUAUAUUAUCACAUUUGUGUUAUUAAUAAUUAUAAAGCAGAUGACAUGGAAUUUGUUGAAGAUUUUGUAAAAAACAUUACUGCAGCACAUCGAUAUGGAAAUUUUUAUAUCUUUCAAUUUGAGUUUAAAGCAAAAGAGUAUUAUUUAAUUUUGAACAGCUAUUUAGGGAAGGUGAAAAGCGAGGGGGAAAUUGUUAGACCGGUUACUAACGAGGGAGUGCAGGAGAGCCCAGAAAAGGGAGAAGAGAGAGAAGCAGAGAAAAAUGAAGAAGUUGGAGAAGUAGAGAAAAAUGAAGAAGCUGGUGAAGCUGUCCUCAUUGAUGAUCAUAAUAUCAUUCAAAAGAUAUUUGAGGAAAAUUUGAAAAACGCCAUCAAAUAUUUAAGUCUGAAAGGGGAUAUUUAUAGAAUACAAAACCGAAUAUAUGAUGAUCAGAGUUAUCCAUUAGAAGGAUUGUUAAUUCACACUAAAAAGAGAAAUAGCACGAAUGCAUCAUUUGUCCAGAGAGAAAGUGGCAAAGAUGAGGAAGAUGUAACAAUGGCAGGAGAAGGAAUCAGUGGAAUAACAGUGAUGAAAAAAAAACAAAUGUACUACACAGAACGGCAAAUUGAAUGUUUAAAAAGUGGGUUGUAUGAAGGAAUAACCAUAAUUGAGGGAGUUCCUGGGAGUGGUAAAACGAGUAUAUUAAAUAAAAUCAUUAAUAUACUCUUUAAUAAUAAAAGGAAAGAAAAAAUUCUUAUAUGCACCCACAGUAAUAGUUGCUUAAAUUAUAUUUUUAAUUUACUUGUUAAGGAAAAUUUGAUUCAUCAAAAAUAUUUGUGCAGAGUCGGUAUGGGAGAAUUAGAUAUUGAAAAUUUAAGAAACGAGUAUGAAGAACUAGAAAAAAGUUUAAUUAAAAAUGGCAACAUGGAGGGAAAUGAGAACAGUGUAAUGAAAAAAUCUGGUAUCGAUUUUUAUGAUGAAGAUGAUAAUUUUAAUUUUUCAAAAUAUGGAAGAAUUAAUUACAUGAUUGAUUUAAGACAGAAAAUGUUGAAUGAAGUAAAUUUAUUAUCUGAAUCUAAUAGUAAUCAUAAAAUAUACCAUUGUUUAUCAGCUACACAGUAUUAUGAAAAUCACAUUAAAAAACGAAUUUCCAAUUUUUUUAAGUAUAUUAAAAUUUUUAAAAAUAAUAAAAAUGAUCAAAAUUUUUUUAAAUUAUGCAUAACAGAAGCAAUUGAUGAUUACGACAUAUAUAACUUAUUUUUAUGUCCAAAAAUAUAUGUGAAGGAAUUUGAAAAUGUACAGGAUUUAGUAUGGGCAGGAAAAGAGGAAAAAAGAACACAUUAUAAUAACACUUGUAGGGAGAUAGAAAAAUUACAAAUACUAGAUGAAGAUAAGUCAUGUUUUUACUUAAUUCAUCCAGAAGAUCAAUUGAACACAUUGCAUUUGAGCAUAUUUAAUAUCCUUUUUCCGUUUAAGAAGUACUUAAAUUUGAAAUUGAAUAAAAUAAGCAUAGAUCAGUAUUUAGAGUAUAAGAAUUUUUUCAUUAAGAGAAACAAUGUAGAAUAUUUAGGUAGUGAAAAUGAGGAAUUAAACAUGGAUUUUGUUGAAGCACAGGAGGGAAGCAUGUUAAUGAAAGAUAUGGAAUUGGAAAAAGUGAAUGAAAGAGUGACAGGACAAGAAGAAAAAAUGAGUGAGAAAGGAAGCACUAUUAUGGAUAAAAAUAUAAUACAAGAAAGGGGAAAAGAUGGUGAAAUAUUAACAAAACCAAGGGAUGAAUAUGACAUGUGCAGAAUUUUUGGAGGAAAUAUAACUGGCUUGAUAUUCAAAAAUAAUGAGGAAGAUUUACACAUAUGCAAAUAUUAUUUAGCAAAUUUGAUAAAAAAUUUUGAACAUUUAAAUGAUUGUAGAGCAUUUGAAGUAUUAAAAAAUCAAAGAGAAAGGGGAGUGUAUAUAAUAGCUAAACUGGCAAGGGUUAUUGCAAUGACUUGUACUCAUGCAAGUAUAAAUAGAAGUAAAAUAGCGAAAUUGCAAUUUUAUUUUGAUAAUAUUAUAAUCGAUGAAUGUACCCAAAUUACUGAAAAUGACACAUUUUUGCCUCUACUACUUCAAGAAAAUCGAUACUAUAAAAGUAAAUUAAAAAGAAUUAUUUUUGUUGGAGAUUCUAACCAAUUGCCUCCUAUUAUAAAAAAUAAAUACAUAAAAAAUUUUGCAAAUUAUGAACAAUCAUUGUAUAAACGAUUUUUAAGAUUGGAAUUACCUUCUAUUUAUUUAAAUGAACAAGGACGUAUGAGAAAUGAGAUUUGUAAUAUUUAUAAAUAUUUUUAUAGUAAAUAUAAUAUUCAAAUUGCAAAUUUAGAUUGUGUUUAUAAGGACAAAUUUUCAAAGAAUUUUAACCCAGGAUUUACGUAUACUUAUCAAUUUAUACAUGUCGAAUCGGAUGAAUACACUCCAGUGCCAUAUUUUUAUCAAAAUUUGUUAGAAGCAGAAAUGGUGGUUGCUAUUUUUAUGUAUAUGCGUCUUUUGGGAUAUGCAAAUGAAAUAAUAACAAUUUUGACAACAUAUAAUGGACAAAAAGAACUAAUAUUAGAUAUUUUGAAAAAAAAUUGUUUAUAUAACAAGUUAAUUGGAAUGCCUAAAAAGGUGACAACAGUUGAUAAAUAUCAAGGUAAACAAAAUGAUUAUGUAAUAAUUUCUUUAGUUCGAUCGAAAAGUAUUGGAUAUAUGAAAAAUAUUAAAAGACUUAUUGUUGCAUUUUCACGUGCAAGGUUCGGAUUAUAUGUAGUUGGGAAUUAUAAUUUAUAUAAGAAAAAUCAGGAAUUUAAAAAGCCAUUAUAUUUUUUUAGAAAAAACAAACUAGAAUUGUCCUUACAAAUGAAUGAGCAAUUUAGCACCACCCAAAGGGAACACAAAAUUCCCCCGAUCAUUGUAAAAGAUUUGAAUCACUUUUACACAAUUAUAUAUUCUCUGGCGAAUGCCCAUUUUCAGCGUAAUUCCGCAUAG